UGGAACAGGUUCCGGGAACAUUCAGAAUGCAGAGGUCUUCAUUUGAAGGAGCCAUGGAAGAUACCCAGCUGCGGGAGAAGCGUGAAGCAGCUUUGGCCUGGUUCUCUCAGUUCCAGCUUGAUUGUGUCAUCAGAAACGGUAUCGUUCCAGAAUGGUUCCAUGGCAUUAUCUCCAGGAGGACAGCGGAGGAAAUGCUGCUCUCCAAGCCUGCAGGCUACUUCCUGAUUCGGGUCAGCGAGAGCAGAAUAGGAUACACCCUUUCAUAUCGAGCUGAGGAUCGCUGCCGACACUUUAUGAUUGAUGUGCUAAGGAACGGCCAGUACACCAUUGUGGGGGAAAACACCAGUCACAGGUCACUGCAAGACCUGGUUGCAUUCCACCGUCGGGUUCCCAUUCUCCCCUUCAAUGAGCUGCUGACUGUUGCCUGUGGCCAGGUUUCCAAAGACAACGCAGAUUAUGCUGAAUUGUUGUUUCCCAAAAAAAAACACUUUGAUCCCAUACCUGGUGCAGUCACAAAUAAUGGUCCUCACAUCAGCAAUGCUCCUCAUCUUGAACUGCCUUCUGCCACUCCACCAGCCCUCCCAAAUCGUCCUACUAUGUCCGACUCUGGUCACAGUGUCGCAAGCACUGCUGUUCCCACCCCCUGCUAUCCUCACAGGCUCUACCCCUCCCUGGAUAUGGAACUAGCUACACUAACACUUCAGAGCCCAAGCAUGACGAAUACAGUUAAACCAGUACCAUUACCCAGGAAAAAGUCGAACCCUCCCAGCACUGUAGAGUCAAACCCCCAGCCACCAGAGCUGCCUGCCAGAGGUAUCCUGCCACAGAGAAGGGAACAUCCCAACACCGCACCCAACCAGUUCCCAGGAUCAAGGCUAGAGUGUACUGAAACAUCAUCGACCCAGCCCAGCCUAGACUGUGGGACCCCCACUAACAACCAGCACAGAGGCCAGAGUAUGAAAUCAGCUGUUGUCAGUCUGAUGCAAUUCAAGAAGCCCCAUAAGAAGAACCGGGCCUCAGAGGAGCACACUUACUCUGAGCUGUCAGUGGAGUCUGAGACAGCAGAGGACCAGAAGUCCCUUAAAGCCCUGGUCAGUAGGCCAUCGGACCUUCACACAGCCUGUGAAAAUGUGUAUCAGGAGCUGCCAGGGGAAAGCCAGAUCGGUAAGCCCAGUACAGGCAUCAUGUGCAGCUUUACCAUCCCAGCAUCCCAUGCUGCACCAGUGGAAGGGCUACCUGCAGAGUACCUGAACCCACCUCCAUUUGCUCCUGGUUACUGACACAUGUCACAGGACCUCCUCAUUUGACUCAUCAAGAAAAGGAUGCUGGGUCUUUAAAAGGGGCAGUGCUUUGAAAUGUAAGGGGUCAUCAUUCAGAUGACUGAAUGAAAGUCAGAUGCAAUCAGCGUUUCAGACAUUAACACAUGCUUUUAAACUGUAAAAAAAAUGUCAUUUUUCAUUUUUAUUCUUGUAAGAAGGAAGAAAUCAUCCACUCUGAACAUAAAGA